AUGGCCUGUGGGGUUUAUAUAUAUAUAAGUUUUGGUGGGGACAAAGAGAAACAAGAUGAGAGAGCGUUAACAAUAUCGGGAGCGCAAGGAGCAGAGCCGAUGGGAUCAAGGACGGCGACGACGUACGAGUCGGUGGAAGGAGGACAGAACAAGACAAAGCUUGAUAUAAGGUCAAAGGAAGACGAAGGUGGGAUUCAAGUUGAUAAGCAUCAAGAGAAGGUCACUGAUGCUGCUGGUCUAGGCGGGCCUGUCUUUGGCGCUGGUAAAGACGACAAGAAGCAGGAUCUUGGUGUUACAGGCACUGGCUAGAUCUGUGGCUAAUGUACUGUGAAAUAUGAAUGCGUAUAUGUUGGUGUCUUCUAGUCAUGUGUAGUGUUUGGGUUUGUUUAAGAAUCAAGAAUCAAUCAAUAAAGUAAUAUCUUACUCUUGG